AUGGUCACCAUAACUCUGACCGUGUGCGGCUGUUGGCAACCGGAAUCGUGGAGCUCGCCCACGAAAACGGUCCUCUAUCAAGCCUACACGGUGAUCAUAAUCUCGAUGGUCCUUUGGGUCACGUUCUGCGAGUUCAUGGACAUAUUGCUGUACGUGGAGACGCAGGACGAGUUCGCGGACAACCUCUACAUAUUCGUGUCGAUGCUGGUCGGCUGCCAGAAGAUAUUGAACAUGCUGCUGUGCCGGAAGAACAUCGCCGGCCUGCUGAACACCUUCGACGAGGAGCCCUUCGCGCCCCGGAACCAGGAAGAGGACGACGUUAGGUCCAGAUUCGACAAGGCCAUGCACACGAACACGAUCCUGUACACGACUCUGCUGACAGUGACCUGCAGCACUUUUUCAACGGCGGUCUUCUUCAAGUCCGAGAAAUGGCCGCUGGUGUUCAGGGCAUGGUCGCCUUACAAUUACUCAACCGUCGGCCUGUACCUUCCGACUGUCAUUCAGCAGAGCCUGGCGCUGCAAUAUGGCGCCAUGGGUCACGUAGCAUGCGAUGCUCUGUUCUGCGGAUUAAUUGUCCACAUGUGCAGCCAGUUCGAGAUCCUUGGACGUCGUCUGAACGGGAUCAAGAGGGGCGAGAUCGGGGCAGUGAAAUCGUGCAUUCGUUGCCACGACAGGCUCUGCCGGUUUGUUCCGAACGUUUGUUCUAUAAUAUAUAUCCUCCCCUCGAUAUAUGCCAGAGAGUUGAACGAACAGUUCAGAAUGGUAAUCUCGUUGCAAUUCCUGGCAAGCGGGGUGGUCGUGUGCUUCAACCUCUACAGACUGACGCAAUCUAUAGACCUGGGCUCGAAAUUGCCGGUGUUGAUCACGUACAGUGCCAGCAUCAUGUCCCAGAUAUUCAUCUACUGCUGGUACGGGAACGAAGUGAAGCUGAAGAGCAUCGAAAUCUCUGACGUAGUCCAAGGUAUGAACUGGACGGAGCUCGACAAGAUCCAGAAGAAAAUGAUUUUGAUGAUGAUGUGCCGCUCCAUGGUGCCCAUCGAGUUCAACGGCAUCCACGUCGCAACGUUGAACCUGCAAUCAUAUAUGUCCAGGGUCCUCUAUUGCACCUAUUCGGCCUUCGUGUGGCUCGUUCUGCACCUGUUGUCGGCCUCCCAGUUCUGCGACUUGUUCAUCAACGUCAAGACUCAGGACGACUUCACCGACAACUUCUACGUGACGCUGUCGGUCCUCUGCAUCUGCGUGAAGAUGAGCAACCUGCUGCUGGCGCGCAGGCAUCUUGGGAACAUGAUCGAGAGGAUCCAGAAGGAGCCGUUCUCGCCCACCAGCGUCGAGGAGGAGGAGAUUCGAACGAGAUACGAUAGAUUGGCCAGAAGGAACGCGGUUGUCUACACGAUCGCUAUCAACAGUUACGUGGUGUCGACUUGCGCGAUGUCCCUGUUCACCGGCUACAGGAAGCACAAGCUGCUGUACAGGGCGUGGCUGCCGUACGACUACUCCACUGCGGUUCGUUUCUCCGCUGCGUACAUUCACCAGGUUGUGGCACUGUUCUACGCCGGGCUGAUCACGGUCGCCAGCGAUUCUCUGUUCAACGGCUUCCUGAUCCACACGUACUGCCACUUCGAGAUCCUCAAGCAUCGACUGGAAACGAUCGCGACAGAGAAGAGCUGCUCGUUGAAGCGUUGCCUCCACUUGCACGACCGCAUUUACACAUACGCGAAUACACUGAACAGCCAAUUCAAGGUGAUCAUGGUGAUCCAGUCGAUGGUCAGCAUCGUGACAGUGUGCUGCAAUCUGUACCAGUUGACGCAGAAGAAUCUGGGCUCGAAGUUCCUGGAAGUAAUAGUUUACUCGUUCAACACCCUCGUACAGAUCUUUUACUACUGUUGGUACGGGAAUGAGAUCAAACUGAAGAGCCUCGAUGUCCCAAGGUCCGCGUUCGAAUGCAACUGGACGAUCCUGGACGACAAGGCCAAGAAGUUUCUCUUGAUGAUGAUCAAGCGUGCCAAAGUUCCCAUCGAAUUCUCCGUCGUUCACGUUGUGUCGAUGGACCUCGAGAUGUUCACAAAGAUACUGAAGACUUCUUACUCGGCGUACAAUCUGAUGCAGUGA